UUUUUCAUUCAUUCAUUGUUUCUUAAACCAGCAGUAGUUGUUUUAUUUCAAUUACUUUCUCAGGAAAAUAAUAAUAAUAGUAAUCAUUAAUAAAAAUAAAUGAUCAGCCAAAACAAAUUAGCUCAUACAUUUUUUAGCCGAUUGAUGAAUAGAUUAAUCAACAACAUGUCCAGCUAUAACUUCCAUCUACAUAUUUUAAAAAGCGGAUUUAUUUUGUGUAGAGAAAAAAAAGCGACCGGAAGCCAAGUCACGUAAACGCAUCACGCUUGACUUUAGUCUGAGGUUUUAAGGCUGCGUAUCUGGGACAGACGGUGUAAACAGCAGCCGCCACAGCAGCUGGAGGAGGUGCGCGAAAAAGAAAGCCUGACAACAUGACAAUAAACAAACUGCCCCACAGCGGGAUGACGGUAACAGAAGUGGGCGAGUUUCUGAGAAAUCCACCGGCAGGUUUCUCCGUAGAGACCCUCGGCUCUUGUUACCGAGUCCACAACAACAACAACAACAACAAGGAGGAGAGCUUGGUGCUCAUCGAUGACCUCGAGUCCUGCGGGGGGACAGUAGUUUUCCAAAAGUCGCUUGGAAGAAAAGUAAAAAUGCACAAUCUGUGGGAGUACACCAGCAUGAGGAAGAGUCUCCUGUCCAAGAGGAUUUACUUGCUGGUGUCUGCCUGCAGAGAAAACUUCUCAACGGCAAACAAAAGUGGAGCCGGAGUGGCGUAUGGAGCAGUGCUGGAGCAGUACGUGGUGUCCAUCGAUGGCAACAACCCUUUCAUCAAGUGGCAGAUGGAGAGAGGCCUGGACUGGACCAUCUCCUCCGUGGCCGGGGAGAGCUACAGAGUGGAAAUUGAUUUGACUGAAGCACUGGAGAGCUGGGCAGCAAAAAACGUCACCACUGAUGCCCCAAUGGAGGCCAAACCCGUGUGGAGGGACGCCUCUUUCACCCUCAAAUACUAUUCUGAUGCCCUCUUUGACUUCCCACACUGGUUUGGCUUCAGCAAAAGGAAGUUUAAGUUGAGACUGACAUGAGCCAGAUGAAAAAGAGGAAGGCGAAGUUGAGUAUUUGGUGGAGUCUUUGGGAAACCGUAAAAAGGAGUUUCUUGAUCAACAGACGAAUGACUGUAAUGCCAUCCUGUCAACAUUAAGGACUCUCCCACCUCUGAGGUCUGCAGGAACUUCCCCACACCAGCUGUUCGGCCCAGAUGUUUCUUCCGUUCAGGGUGUGGACACCACUGACAAGGACCAGAAUCAAAAUGCCAUCACGUGCAUCAACGCAUUUUUGAUCAUAUACAUGACGUUUUUCUUAAAGGGAGUAAAAAGGAUCAAAUCUUCGCUACGUUUGCAGAUUAUUUCCACUGAAAUGAAUCAACAUUUGCUUAUGAGAAGAUUUUAUUAUUAUCAUUAUUUUUUUGUAAUCCAACCUCCAAUGCAAUAAAUGCUUUUACAAAAGUAA